AUGGAUGAUACAAUCACAAAGUCGAUUGAGAAGAAUACUCUCUCAGAAUGGUUAAACGUUAUCAAGAGUGCCGAGAAGCCACCAAGUGCACCUAGGUUAUCAUGGGCUCAGAGGGUGGAGAAUGAAGUGACGGAGGAAGGAAUGCCUAGCAAUUCAAACAAGGUAAAUGAUCCAUCUAUAAUCUCAAUAGAGCUUGAUGAUAUACAGGAGGAAAUAGAGUAUUGGAUGUCUGCUGUUGUAUGCUAUGUAUUAGGUGCUAAUCCACCUAUCUCCGUUAUGGAGGGGUAUUUUAAAAGGAUAUGGGGGAAACAUGGAAUUGAUAAAAUAGCAAUUAUGGGGAAAGGAGUUUUUCUAGUGAGGUUUAGUUCGACUGAAGCCAGCUUAAAGGUGAUACAUGAUGGAUUUCAAUUUUUUGAUCAAAAACCAGUGAUAGUGAAGUUAUGGGAUCCUAAUAUGGAAAUAAACAAAGCUGAUGUUGAUGUGGUUCCUAUUUGGGUCAAACUACCAGGGUUACAUUUUAAAUACUGGGGAGAGAAGAGCCUGUUCAAGAUAGUGAGACAGAUAGGGAAGGCAGUGAAGAUGGAUGCUACAACUAAGUCUAAGGACAGGCUUAACUAUGCUAGAGUGAUGAUAGAGGUUGGAAUCCAGGGACAGUUGCCAGAGAAUAUCCAGUUCUAUAAUGAACAUGGGGUAUUAGUGACUCAAACAGUGGAAUAUGAGUGGAGGCCUGUUCAGUGUGGUAAAUGCAAGGGAUAUGGGCAUGAAACGGACAAAUGUAAGAAGCUGGAAGGUAAUAAAAGGUGGGUGAAAAAGCCUAUUCAGGUCACUGAUCAGGAGGGUUUCAUUAAGAUCACUACUAAUAGAGUGACAAAUGAACCAACUACUGUAGAAGUUCCAGUUCAUAACACCUUUUUGCCUCUGGAGGAGGAAAUGGAGAUUGACAAAGGGGACAGAGGAGAGGAAAGCAAUGCCAGUGAAGCAGUUGAGAUUACAGACGAUGUGAUAGUACUUGAAAGUGAAAGAUUGGGAAGCAAGAAUGACCCAAAAGGUGGGAUUGAUGAUAGUAGAAAGAGCAAAGAGCAGAGGGAGGAGCCCUCUAAUCCUAAUGGAUAA